GAAAAAAACGGGAAUUUUGUGUCUCGGCCGCGUAUCACGCCGGGCUGUGCCCCCGGGAACGGCGGAAAAUCCAAGAGGAUUUUAUGGAAAAUCGGAUCCGGGUCCUUUGUGCCACGAUUUCCUUCGGGAUGGGGUUGGAUAAAUCCCAAAUUCGGGGAAUUGUUCAUUACAACAUUCCCGGGAAUCUCGAGAGUUACGUGCAGGAAAUCGGCAGAGCCGGCAGGGACGGAAAUCCAGCCCGGUGUCACCUGUUCCCGCAGCCACAGGGUCAGGAUCUUCUGGAAUUACGGCGCCACAUCCACGAGAAUUCCGUGGAUUUUUUGGCUGUCAAGACUUUGAUCCAAAGGGUUUUUGCUCCUUGUAAAUGUCUGGAAAAUCAUGGAAAAAUUCAGGAAAAUUCCAAGGAAAUCCCAAAAAAUUCCCGGAUUUGCCGUGGCCACGAGCGCUCGAUCCCCAUCCAGGAAUUUGUGGAAUCUUUGGAUCUUCGGGAAGAAGGCAUCGAGACCCUCCUGUGCCUCCUGGAGCUCCAGCCCCAAAAAUUCCUGGAACUUUUCCCUCCGGUUCAUUCCCGGUGCCGGAUCCGAUUUCCCAGGAAUUCCACGGAGUCGCUGCGGGAAGCAGCUCUGAGGUGA